UGGUCGCACAACACACAACACAAUCACACACAUCCCAUCAUCCAUCACAUUCAUCGAGUCAUACAAGAGUAACAAAAGAGUACAGCAAUACCUACUCGGUAGACAGUUGCAUAAAGGGAGACCGACAAUCACACAACAGCGCAGUAGCCAAUACCAAAGAAACCAAACCUCAAAACUCCAUUCAUCACCUAUUACAUCCAUCAUGUCCCGACCUAUCGCCAACAACGUACGAAGAGAGAGCGUCUCUGCCUCGCAACCUCCUUCCUCGAUCCCGAUCCCGAUGAACACGAAAGGAUUCGAUAGGACCAUGGUAGCUACGAGUCCUCCUCAGGCUGGAGGAUACCUCGGUACCAGCCCGAGUGCUGCGUUUAGCCUCUCGAACCAGGCCGGCCUCUCCACCUCUCCCCGCAAUUCUCGUUCGGUAAUCCCUCCCGCCGCCGCUCGUCUCCUCCACGCUUUCCUCCCCAGCAAUAUCCCUUCCUCCAACUCUUCCACCGAAGGAGAAAAGACCGGACAGAUCAGGAUCCUCCUCCUAGAGAACAUCUCCCAGGACGCCGCCCAGUAUUUGAGGGAUCAGGGGUAUCAUGUGGAUCUGAUCUCCAAGGCUUAUGGCGAGGACGAGUUGAUUGAGAGGUUGAGCGGAUAUCAGGCGUUGGGAAUCAGGAGCAAGACCAAGGUCACCGAGAGGGUCAUCAAGUCGGCACCUCAGCUCCUUACCAUCGGCUGUUUCUGCAUCGGAACCAACCAGGUCGACCUCGAGGCCGCCGCCAAGGCCGGAAUCGCCGUCUUCAACUCUCCCUUUGCCAACUCGCGUUCGGUCGCCGAGCUCGUCAUCAGCGAGAUCGUCGCCCUCUCUCGUCAACUCACCGACAGGUCGAGGGAGAUGCGAGAAGGGAUCUGGAACAAGGUCUCCAAGGGAUGCUGGGAGGUCCGAGGCAAGACCUUGGGGAUUAUCGGGUAUGGACACAUCGGUAGUCAGUUGAGCGUGUUGGCGGAGGCCUUUGGAAUGCAAGUCAUCUACUACGACGUGGUGCCCAUCAUGCCGCUCGGAUCCGCCAGGCAGACGGAUACGCUCGAACAGCUCUUGGGCGCUUCGGAUUUCGUCACCUUGCACGUUCCCGAGUUGGAGGAGACCAAGAACAUGAUCGGAGCCACCGAGUUGGGUCAGAUGAAACAGGGCGCUUACCUGAUUAACAACUCUCGAGGCAAGGUCGUCCACCUCCCCGCCCUCGUCGAUGCGCUCGAAUCGGGUCACCUGCACGGAUGCGCCGUCGACGUCUUCCCCUCGGAACCAGGCUCGAACGGACCCGGUUUCAACGACAACCUCGGCGAGUUCAUCCCUCGUCUCAGAAAGUGCCCGAACACGAUCCUGACCCCGCAUAUCGGAGGAUCGACGGAAGAGGCUCAGCGGGCGAUCGGGCAGGAGGUGGCGAGCGCCUUGACGAGGUACCUGAACUUUGGAACUUCGGUCGGAGCGGUCAACUUCCCCGAGGUCGAUCUCCGGGCCAUCACGACGGCCGACGAGAGGCAUAUUCGGGUCUGUCACUUGCACGCCAACGCUCCCGGAGUGCUCAAGGGUCUCAACAAGAUUCUCGGAAACUUCAACAUUACCAAGCAGUUUACCGACUCGAGAGGUGAUAUCGCUUACUUGUUGGCCGACGUCUCGGACGUCUCGCUGGAUCAGAUCAGGGACAUCUAUUCGGAAAUCUCGGAGAUGCCGACGAACAUCAAGACGAGGCUGCUCUACUAGACUAGUUCGCGCUGUCUGACAGCUCAGAGAGUCGGUCUUAGCCUUCGCCUGCUUCAACACACAUUUGUAUCAACCCCUACCCAUUCAGUCAGACCCGUUCCCGCUGCUCAACGGCAGUCUUCACUUCGCACGCAGAACAAGAAUUCCAGAACACAGUAAUAGAAUGCAACGGAAUAUAUAUUGGAUG